AUGGAUGUCAACGCCGUCCUCACCGGCACCAUCUCGCCCGAUGCCAACGUCCGUGCAGCCGCCGAGCAGCAGCUCAACCAGGCGGCGGAUCAAGACUUUCCCGGCUACCUCGUCACCCUCUCUCGCGAACUCGCCAAUGAACAGGCCGACUCCUCCGUGCGCAUGGCCGCGGGCCUCAUGCUCAAGAACGCCUUUGCCGCCCGCGAUUUCGCCCGUCUCCGCGACGCACAGCAGCGAUGGCUGGAACAGUUGGACCCACAAAUCAAGCAACAGGUCAAGACAUUCGCACUGCAGACACUCAACACCAACGACAUGCGAGCGGCGCAAUCCGCGGCACAAUUCAUCGCCUCCAUCGCUGCGAUAGAGCUGCCAAGAGAAUUAUGGCCGGAACUCAUGCCAACACUGGUGGAGAAUGUGGGCAAGGGAAAUGACCACCAAAAACAGGCCUCUCUCACCACGAUCGGAUUUGUGUGUGAGACGGACGAUCAGGACCUCCGCGACAGUCUCGCUCAGCACAGCAAUGCCAUCCUCACGGCCGUCGUUCAGGGUGCACGGAAAGAGGAGCCCAACAAUGAGAUUCGAAAUGCUGCCAUUACCGCGCUCGGCGAUUCGCUCGAGUUUGUGCGCACCAAUUUCGAGAACGAAGGCGAGCGCAACUACAUCAUGCAGGUGAUUUGCGAGGCCACCCAGGCAGAUGACAACCGCAUUCAACAAGGCGCAUACGGGUGCUUGAACCGUAUCAUGGGACUGUACUACGAGAAGAUGCGAUUCUACAUGGAGAAGGCACUCUUCGGCCUGACGAUCCAAGGCAUGAAGAAUGAUGAGGAAGAUGUUGCCAAGCUCGCGGUCGAGUUCUGGUGCACAGUCUGUGAAGAGGAGAUCAGCAUCGAGGAUGAUAACGCACAAGCACAGUCAGAGGGCAGCACCGAGCUGCGGCCGUACUUCAACUUUGCCCGCGUUGCAACUCAAGAGGUCGUGCCGGUGUUGCUCGAGCUUCUUGCCAAGCAGGAUGAGGAUGCGGCGGAUGAAGAGUACAACGUCUCGCGUGCUGCGUACCAGUGUGUGCAACUCUGGUCGCAAGCCGUCGGCAGCCAAAUUGUCCCACCUGUGCUGAGCUUUGUCGAGAAGAACUUGAGGAGCGAAGACUGGCACUACCGUGAUGCGGCCGUGUCUGCUUUCGGCGCGAUGAUGGAGGGUCCGGAUGAGAAGGUGUUGGACCCACUCGUCAAGCAGGCUCUGCCCGUUCUCAUCAACAUGAUGGCCGAUCAGCACGUCUCCGUCCGCGACUCUGCCGCUUUCGCUUUGGGACGCAUUUGUGAAGCUGUCUCCGACUCCAUCGACCCGGCCGAGCAUCUUCAACCACUCAUUACCGCUCUCUUCCAAGGAUUGGCAUCACACCCAAAGAUGGCCAGCUCUUGCUGCUGGGCGUUGAUGAACCUUGCGGAUCGAUUCGCUGGUGAGCCCGGCUGCCAGACCAAUGCCUUGUCGCAGCACUUCCAAGCUAGCGUGCAGCAUCUCCUCCAGCUGACCGAGAGCACCAACGAGAACACCCUCCGCACGGCUGCGUACGAAGUCCUCAACGCCUUUGUCACCAAUGCCGCAAAUGACUCUGUCCAGAUGGUCGCCAGCUUGAGCGAUGUCAUCAUCGAGCGUCUCGAGAAGACCAUUCCAUUGUUGACUCAAGUCGUCUCCGUCGAGGACCGCCUCACGCUGGAUGAGAUGCAGACUUCCCUCGCAUCCGUCAUCAUGGCCGUGGUACAGCGUUUGGAGCACGAGGUCGCGCCUCAAGCGGAUCGUAUCAUGACUCUCAUGCUUGGCCUUCUCCAAGCUCUGCCACCCAAGUCGUCAGUCCCAGACACCAUCUUUGCCACAAUUGGAUCUCUGGCCAAUGCACUCGAGGGCGACUUUGAGAAGUACAUGCAAUCAUUCGAGCCAUUCCUGACCAACGCCUUGAAGAAUCAAGAAGAGCCUCAACUCUGCUCUAUCGCGAUUGGACUGGUCACUGAUAUCACUCGUGCGCUCGACGAGAAGGUGCAGCCGUUCUGCGAUGCUUUCAUGAACUGCCUUCUCAACAACUUGAGGAGUACCGCUCUUGGUAACCAGUUCAAGCCCGCGAUCUUGCAGUCGUUCGGAGACAUUGCUCAGGCGAUUGGUGGACAAUUCGAGACGUACCUUUCUGUCGUGGCGCAGGUCUUGCAACAGGCCGCCGGCAUCAGCUCGCAGGAGAAUGCUGCCAACUUUGAAAUGCUCGACUAUAUUGUCUCUUUGCGGGAGGGUAUCAUGGAUGCCUGGAGUGGUAUCGUCAUGGCGUUGCGCGCCUCCGGCAAACAGCAACUCCUCCAACCAUAUGUGGAGUCCAUCUUUCAACUCCUCCAAAGCGUCUACGCCGACCCGAACCGCACCGAAGCACUUCUCCGAUCAAGCAUGGGUGUUGUUGGUGAUAUCUCCGAGGCCUUCCCCAAUGGAGAGUUCAGCCAACACUUCCGCGAGGAAUGGCUCACGUCAAUGGCUCGCGAGACUCGUGCCAACAAGGACUUCUCCCAACGCACUCAAGACACGGCCCGCUGGGCUCGUGAGCAGAUCAAGCGUCAAUCAGGUAAGACUGCUGUGGAAUUUCUCCUCGCUAACGGACUGAUGCUGCCCCAAAAUCAACGCCGUCGGUGGUGA